UUUUGUGACGUCAUGGACACAAUCCGUCGACUCCCUAUUGGCUGUAAAACCGUCUUCUAAAGAGUCAAUUUCAUUAAAAACGAAGUGAAUUUGAGGGGCGGGGUUUGUUAGCGGGAGGCUCCGCCCACUGAGUCCGCCCCCAGCUUUGUCUCGCUCACGGCGCUGCGUCUCGCUUGCUCGACCGGACCCGUAGCCAGAGACCCGGUCCCUCCGACAGUACUGGUUUCGGCCUCUCCAGGGAAGGGUGCGUAGGUUCUCUGCUACCGUUUGGGAGAGGAGAAAGGGGUUGCAACGCGAUAACCCCCACCCCGACGGGGGAAAAAUAAAUUUCGGUGACUGAGCAAAAGUGCGUUCACGUCUCUUCAUAAUGCAUAAUUAGGUUAGGUGUAAACGGUGAAGAAGUAAUUUGGAGUAAUAAUAUUCAAACAUGAGUGCAGUGUUCUAGGUGAGACAAUUGUGUGAAUGGAUUGUCGUACUUGCUAUGGAAAGCUUCGCGGUUGCCACUGCCCCACCGAGACAAUGGCAAGUUGCACAGACCAUUCUUUGAAUUAAACGAAGGAAACUGAGAUUUUUUUUUUUUCGACUGCUCCAUGCUUGAGGAAUCCCCCGCAGUUAGCAUGACCGUGUUGAAACUGAGCCACCAUCACCAACUCUCUGCAUCUAAAGACAAAACCAACAGCGUCGGGACGGCCACGGGUGGUGGAGGGGGCAUACCCUCGGCUGCUACCGUCAAGAUAGACUCUAUGAUGCAGCUGGAGUCCGGCGAAGAAACGAAUGCCAUGGCUACAGCCGGUGGAACAGUGAAGGCCAGCGCUCAGCUGCCACCCCAAGCAACACCAGCGAAUCAUCAGCAACACCAAACCACCAGCUCAAGAACCAGCCACAUCAGUUUCAGCGUAGCGGCUCUGUUAGCGGACACCCGACCGUCACCGCGACACAGGGCAUCCCCGUCGUUCCUAUCUUCACAAUCGCCACCCCUAGAAUCGUCCACCCCUUAUCAGUCUGAGAACCCCCUGACUUCCUCGGACGAUGAACUGAAUGACGAUGAGUCCGAACAAGGAAGUGCUGUUGACGUUGAAGUUCUCAGGGACUCCAAUUCCCCCGUCAGCACGCCGACCCCGGUAACACCACCGCCGAUGCAUCAGGGAGGCGGCUCGGCGGAUAUGCUGUCCGCGAGGUUCAUGCUAGCGGGCGGGCAUGGUCCCGGUGCCGGCAUGGUGACUCCGGUCAGACCGACUCCUUUCUCGGCCCUUGCUGCCGCGGCGGCCGCGUACUCGGCCGGCCUCCAACACCACCACCACGCCCCACAGCACCACCACAACUCCUGGGCCGCGUCCACGCUGGUGGGACACUACCCUGGUUCCAUGUUCCCGGGACCAGCGGCGGCGGCUGCAGCCUUUGCAGUGGCAGGAUUAGGAGGCUCGCCAGAUUCUGGAGGUAGCGACGCUCCGAAACUGAAGUGUAAUCUGAGGAAACACAAGCCGAAUAGGAAGCCACGGACGCCUUUCACGACGCAGCAGCUGCUGUCUCUGGAGAAGAAGUUCCGGGAGAAACAAUACCUGAGCAUCGCGGAGCGGGCAGAGUUCUCAUCUUCCCUGCACCUCACUGAGACACAGGUAAAGAUAUGGUUCCAGAAUCGACGUGCAAAGGCGAAACGGCUACAAGAAGCCGAAAUCGAGAAGCUCAAAAUGGCAGCGGUGGCAGCAGCUCGGCCGCCACAUCUGUACGGCCCUGGACCUCACCACCCAGCUCUGCAGCAGUACUUCCACCCCCACCCGGACCCCACUUUACUCGUGGGGCCCGCACACCAUCUCACGGCAGCAGCCCUACUCGGGAGACACCACAUGCCACCUCUCAUCCCACCACCCCCGUCGGGAUUGUGCCACCCCCAGGGCGGCGGGAUGGUCUCGCCCGUAGCCACGGCCGGUUCCACUGGUAGAGCAGGAUCACCUUCUCCGUCUGCCAUCGGACUCUCCUAACCAGCGCACAAAAUAAACGGAGGCUUCAGGACAACCCGCCAACACGCGCUAAAAGAAGCCGACACGAUUUCCUUUAUUCGGCUUUUGCUCUCAACAACCGUACUUUGCGCGUAGUACUGUGAUAAAUUUGAUCAGUCAGAAUACCAAACAUGUCCGUGUGGACUGACACAGCUGACAGUUUGAGGGAUUCCCAAGUUUCGGAAUGACAUUUCCUCUCUGAAACAAGAAAGUGUAGAAGAAGAAAUAACUUGCACAUUCCUGCACACCUGCGCGAAUAUCGAUUCUCAAACCAUUCCCCGUCAGAGCCAGAAACGAUUUGCAACUACGUACCAUGUCGUUGGGUCCAAGAGCAGACGUUUAAAUAGUCAUAAAUCUAAGACAGGUAACAUCAUUUCAGAUUACAAAUAGAUCCAGUUUUUAAUUCCGAUACAGAAUGAUACAAAUAUUCCAGUAACUAGCACCAGAACAUACCUUGUGCACACACAAGCACGUAAAGUCUUGUCAUAAUUUGAAGCGAUACAUUUUUAGACAUGCACCUCAGUUCUUUAUUCAAAGACAGUGGCUACAUACGGCUGUGAAAUAUCAAAUCCUAUACUUUUUAUUUCACAUUUAAAAAUCCUGAUACAGGCUUGACAAAAUUUACACUUUCAGGUAUAGACAACUUCUUAAUAUUAUCAUAUUAUUAAUUCCAUAUAACUAAAACAUUAUUCUCAAUUCUAUUUUUUUUAAUUAAAAAGUAAAGAGACAAAAUUAUUAUUAUUAUUAUUUGUAAAUUAAUGUAAGUUUUUCUUAGUUACACUUUGUAUAAUUUCUAAUUAAAAUUCAAAGAGGCGCACUACAAACAUUAUAUCAAAUAUCUUGAAUUACAUCCUCACCCAAUAAGCUACUAACAAUUAAUAACUUUACGAUGUGCCUGGUACUUAAUAUAACCUGCUGAUAAACACACCACACAUUGUAAGAAAUGACAGCGAUUUUAUGGACGUAGUUACAUAGUGACACCUUUGUAAGUUAGAUAUUUACUGUGUAAGACAUUUCCAUCAUUUAAAUUAUAAAAUUACGAUGUUUCGAAAGCUGAAUUCUGCUUUCGUCAUCAGACAAGCUUAACUAGGGGCCAAAUAAAUUGGGUUUCUGUCCUCUUUCCGUCUGCCUGAUGACGAAUGCAGAAUCAUGCUUUCGAAACAUCGUAAUUAUAAUUCGGACGAUGGACAAAAUAAGAAAGAACGAUCUCACACAUUUCAAGCAUCAUCUUCAGAAACAUUAAAACUUUGACUAGAUAUUUACUUUCCUAAUACCUGGUUCCAUGUUCAAGUUUCUCUAGACGAUUUCUGAACGAAGAAGAUUAGUAGGAUUUGGAUUUUCACGGCAGUGAGUCUGAAUAUGUUUGUCUUCUGGGUUGUAGCGACUCAUCGCCCUGAUAAUGGAGGCAUCAAGGGCCUCUGAAAUGUAAACUACACGGCGCUACAACCCAGAAGACAGCCGUUUUCGAAGACGUUUAGGCCUAAUCUUUGUUUAAAAAAUGUCAUACACUUUAUGACUAUCACUGUCUUUGAAAGAAGACACAUGGCCAAGAGCUGAGGUAGAUAUUUUAUUCAUUUUAGUGAUGCACGCUCGGGUAUCGAUCCCGGCAAGGACAGGAUUACAUAUCUUCGCCACCGCAUACAGAACGGUUCUGGAGCUGAGCCAGCCUCUUCUACGAUAGUUAUGAGAUUAAAGCAGCAGGAAACUGAAUGUGACUACUCAUUUGCAACCAGUGUAAUUGUGAAGAUUACUUCCCCAUGCGACAUCAUGACAUGGUACUUUAGCAAAGCGACAACUUAACCCCUUACACUGCGGAAGUAUAUUUUCUGGCGUGCAGUAAAUGUACCAAAGAAGGCCCACAGCACAGUCCUUGAAUUUAGUUUUUAUUCCUUUCAGAAAAUGUCGAUCUUUUGUCGAAAGUUGUGCUUUAUAGCUCAGUGGCCAGAUCAGAAAUCUAACUACUGAUGAAAAGCAAAGUUCGAAUGAUAACAGAGGAAGAGGACGACAUUUAGUAGUAGAAGCUAAAGGCUCCUCGGAACACAUUGCUUCAUCAAUGCCGCAUAUCGGAAACAGGAGGAAUGAAUAAGCUGUGACUGAUCCCAAUGUCAUAUGUGAAACAGCAAAAUAGGCCUUGGACUAAUUUACUUCCACACGAUAACAAAAACGUGGCUACACCAGAUUAAGAGUCCUUGGAUUACUGGAAUCCGCCGUCAUGAGGCUUAUGAAUCACUAAUAUGCUGCAAUCAUCACAAAUUAUUGCUCCGAUAACAGUGACGAUGUAAACCAUCUCAUUCGAUUUAUUAUUUUAUUAUAAUUUCUAAGUGGACUUUUAUUAAAAGCCCUAUUAUGAAUUAUUGCUCAUCGUCCAGUGUCAAAGUUGAUCUCAUCACGAACAAUAAUGAUAAAAAGCUCAAAUAUUAUUAAGAAUGACGCAGAUCAGUAUAAUGGUUUCAUGACGUAACUUUAUAGAUUUUCAUUACUUCAUUAUAAGAAUGUUCCUAAAAUAAAGUGAUGGCAGUGUAACGUCGGAAAACCGUUAUGAAAUAGUUUAGAGAGUAAAAGUGAAUGAUUUGUAAAAUUAAUGACAGUAUGGUUUGGGUUCACAUCACUAGAUUGACUCCAGCUGGCGGUUGUGAACGUCAUGUCCUGAACAUAUUAUCUCGUGCACAAUUUUGUACAUACGUAUGGUUAAUAAAUUAUUGUAAAUAUUAUGAAAAUGAAACAUGCAUAAUAUGUGUAUAAAUAGGUAUUAGUAAUGUACAUUAAGAAGUUUUAUGUGACUGAUAAAAUAUAUGGUAUUAUGUUGUUUAUUUAAAGAAAUAUAAUUUAAAGAGUC